UUUAUAAAAUAUUUUAGACCACCAGUACAAUUUACCCUUUUCUUCGCCACGAAGUAUAAAAGGCGGGAUAAGGCGCCAAAUUCCAUUUCCCAUUCAAACACGUACAGACGUACGCCCAGUCGCUUCUGAUCUGCCGGAGGAGCUCUACUCUACCAUGCGAUCUCGCUUUCUCAACGUCGACUACUUCAUCUCCUCCUCCACGCCUUCUUCCGCAUCCUUCUUCAACCUCCCUAUUCCUCAUCUCCGGCCUCCUUCCGAUCAUCUCUCCACGACGCAGCGCUUCCUCUGGUUCGGUUCUCCGCAAAUCAUCGACGUUCCCCUCGAAAUCGACGAUCUAAGGAUCGAGGCAGCUCUUUCCAAGCUUCUCGCAGAUGUUGUUCCCCGAAAGAUCGGCGUUCGAGACGGAAGUUACGGGCCUGCAUUGUCUUCGAACGAAGCAGCUCCUGAAAAUGGAAACGGCGAGGGAGAAACAGAGUUUCUUCAUGAAGAUGAAGCAGCCACGGAAAGCUACAGGAAUUACGAACUCGCAGUUUUGGAAGAUCCUCUUUCAAAAUGUGAGAGCGGAGAAUGUGUUGUUGAUAAGGGUGUGGAAUUUGUUGAAAUAGUUCAAUUCGAAAUACCGGAGCUGGACAUGCAUCUGGAAGAUCCUCACGUCUCUGAGAAAGAAUAUAUGAGCAUUUUCUCAGAAUUUUCCCCAAUUGGGAAUGAUCUGGAUGUACUCAACCAGGGUGUUGAAAUACCCUAUAAUCACGAGACUGAAGAAUCACUAUAUUGUUUUCGGGACAUCGGGCUCGAGAAUCUCGUGGAGCCAAAGGCUGAUCUUGUGGAGGAUGAUUGCUCUGUUCAGGGCCCAUCGCAGUUUCACUUUCCUCUUCUGGAAGUGGAUGAAAUAUGUUUUGGAACUUUGGCAUGCAUGUCAAUGGAAGAUGAACUUGCAGCUCUCCUUGAAAAAAUCGAAGACCAACUUCUGCCGCAAAAUGAAGAUUUCUCGGUUACAUAUGGACAUACUUGGACUUUGUUGGAGCGUGCCCUGUUAGAAUCCCCAUCAUAUGAUUGUCCAUCAAACAAGUGCAGUGAAGCUGAUUUCGCAUCUGUGGAAAUAUUCUUGGAAAUUGAUUUCAUAAGUAUCGGUGAUACAAUCUGCCCUGAAGUAAAUUUAGGCUCUUAUCAAAGAAUGGAAGAUGAGAAUCAUAUUAUGUCGUUUAAUCCAGUUGUUCUGGAGGAAUUGCAGAUACUUGAUGUGGGUCCAGCUUCAUCUUUUGAAGUCUUUAACUCAAGCAAAUUUCAAGAACAGGAGUUGUGUGAUAAAAUGUCGAAGGGGGAACUAAGUUGCAAGAGCUUUGAUGAAAUGAUUGUCAGCCAUGAGCUAGCUCUGGUAGAUGACAUGUUCAAGCCAUUGCCUAUCCCUAUUCUGUCCGACUGCAAAGCAAUGAAGUCAUUGUAUGAACUCAAUGAGAAAGCAAUUAUUGGUUUAAAGCCACAACCACUUUCUGCAUCCGAUGAGAUAUAUCUGGACUGGCUUCUUCUGGAGGAAGAGAAGCGCAGCUCUGCGAUGUGUUCUUCCUUUCGGAGCAUGAUUGUGGCAAUAGAUAUUCAAAGCAUUGACUUUGAUUGGAGAACUGCUAGCAUUUCAGAGGUUGUGCUUGAUUUUCUCCUCUCUGAUUAUGAUUCUGAUGGGCUCAUUGCUGAGAAAUGUGGCAAGACAGCGGAAAUUCUUAUUUCUGGGGGGUCUAUUCUUAGUGGGCAUGCACCAGCUGCUUCAAAUGAUUUUGAAGUUGGACAGGGAAAUCCCACAAAUCAACCAAUGCUUUCUGAAGAAAAUCUCAAGAGAGCCUCGUCGGUAUUAAACUCUAUGUCAUCAUUCAAUGAUCUUGAUUUUUUCUUGAAUCCAUCAAAAGCUAGAACCAAGAAGAAAAACCCUCAUCCAGCAAUGAGUGCUACUGACAAGGUCCAAUCCGAUAACUCAAUGCCAGCAUGUGAUACCGUGGAUUGGCACUUGCCACAGAGGGAUUUCAUACUUCAUCAAGUUCACUUGUCUGAUGACCUCAUUGCAGUCACAGAGAACUUGAAAAGCAGCUACCUCGGUAUACUGGAGAGCAAUCUAGAACUGAAAGAAGUGCAUAGGUCGUUUCAAGAAGCGGAUGAGUAUAGCUUGCUCAGUGUAUCUAAGCUAGUAUUUAUGGGAUGCAUUAAGAAUCUGGUCACAAAGAAUCCUACAUUGCCCAGUGGAGGUGAAUUGGUAAUGGCUUCUGCCACAUUAUGUGCAAUUAAACAGAUAACAUGGUACUUGUGCUUUUAUGGGAUCCAUACGGCUUGGUCAUAUUUAGAUAAACUAUGUGAAGGCUUUGACUGCUUUGCAACCAAAUUGAGAGUGGUUCAGUGCUUUCUCGUGGAUACUGAUAAGAAGGCUGAUGUGGUGAGAAUCAGCUCACAUCCAUCACUAUCUGCAGUUAAGGAAAUUUUACUUUCAAGCAUCUCUGAGAAUGGUCUAAAAGCAUUACUCGUAGCUGAUAAGGUGUUCUGGUCAGCAUUGAAGAUGCUGCUGACAUCCCUGGGCAUAUCGUCUUGUGAAAUGAACGAGUCUACUCAAUAUCCAAUACCAGAUAAGUACAACCAUGGCGAUUUCUCAAUUGAGAAUAUGAGGCUUCCCCAGGUUAAAGCUUGCUUGUUGGCAUCCCCCGAGAACAUAUCUGCGGAUUUUCCUUUUGACAAGUUCGAGAUGAUUCUGGAGUAUGGAGGAUCUUGCGGCUCAUCGAGGAUAACUACUCUUUUGCCAAAGAUGUCUGGCAUGCCCUGCCUUCACUUCUUAAAGGUUGAAGUCGACAAAUCAAGUGCUGCUGGAGCACUUUGUGAAGGCGUGAGUAUGGCACAGCACACAGGCAUGGGAAUGGUAGGACAAGCUCAAUGUGUUAAAUACAUUGAAGAGUAUAUAGAUCUCUCGAAGUUAGAAGCAUUGCUGAAUUUUGUACCUCUUGGAGACGAAGUGGGAAACAGCGAAAGAGAAGAAUUCUGUGCCGUACCUUCUGUAUCCUGCGAGCCAUUUUCUGCAGAAGCCAGGGACAUUCAGAGUGGCAUUACGUCUUUCCCUGAGUUAGUAAUUAUAAUGAACACUCAGUGUUCUGAAAAAGAAAUGAUAGUGUCCAGAAGAAGUACAUACCAAAAGAUUCUGGCUCUUGAGAAAAAGGGAGCCCAAGUUAUUGAACGGGACUCUAACCUGCCUGCUGAUAUCAUAAUAAGUCCUGCAGCUUGCCUCGUGUGGUACGCGAGCAAUAAUAUGUUGAAGAAAGCAAGCGGUUCACUUGAAGCUUCUUCAAUGCUACCCUGUCAUGUUGAGAAUAUUGCAACCAACGUUUUGAGUUUCCUGAGUUUCAGUUUCAGCUGCUGCAUUCUGAUUUUUGAGGGAGAAACUAGCUUCCUUGCGACCAUGAUGGAAUCAUCUGAUGGACUUUAUGCGGUGGCAGCUAGUCUAGGAAUUGAUUUACAGCUCUUUUGCUCCGAUUCAGCAGAACUCACUGAUGAAAUCAUUUUGAGCUGCAUUGACGUUGGCACCAGGUUCAUCAAGGGUCUUUUUCCUAAACUUCCUGAAUCUGAGACUUCUGCAGAAUCGUUCCUAAGCAAAUUUCCUUCCAUUAAUCCCCUGACAGCUCACGCUAUUGUUUCUAAUGGAGGCAUACUUGCUGAUUUUCUUGAAUGGUCUAAUGAGAGCAGGAUAAAUGCAGUCCAAAAGUAUCAUGUUCCCAAUGAAAGCAUUUCUUUAUUCAGUGCCUUAUGCCGAUGUGGGGAGCGAGAGGAUUCUCAGUCUGUAAUGACUGAUAGCUCUUCUUCAGUGUCUUCGGCUCCCAAUUCAAGAAAUUGCCGUGGCAAUCUUGGUUCAGAAAAUAAGAGAUGCAAGUAUAUGAGGAACCCUCAUAAUAGUGACGUGCCUGUGGAUAAUUCCCUGCAAUUCGAGCCUGCAAAACAAUCUAUUGACAGUGGUCUCAAAUUUCCUGAGCUUUCCAAGUAUAAUUCUUGGGAAUUCCCUGAUCCAAAAGGGUGUGAAUCAUCUUUACAGGAUUUACAUGGUGCGCAAAAGGGACUUGAUCCUAGGGUGACUGGAUAUCCUUCUAGAGUUGCUAUAUCUCAUGAUUUUGAUCUCCCAAAAGAUGCUCCUGUCUGGAAUGUUGACUCUGUUCAUCCUGACCUGAGAUCUAAUGAAGCUACAAUAAGUGGUUUGGAUUGGCUUAGUUCUAGGAAUUCUGAGGUGAUGACAGAGGAAGUUAGAGGUGAAGGCAUUGACCUUGUUGAUCCUGCAGUUUUCAAUCCUGUUGACUUCUCUUUUUUGGUACAAGACAUGGAUUAUGAUCCCAUCAAGGAAGAGGAUUAUCCCUUUUGUCGGGGCAAAGGUCGAAGUUUCCCUACAGUUGCUGAGAUCGAGUCUAGUUCAUACUGCCCUGGUCCUGUGAAACAUCAAAGCUAUUCUUCAAGAGGAGAGAUUCAUGAAUUCCACAAUCAGGAGCAAAACAAUGAGAGAUUGCAUCUGAACUAUCAGAGGACACACUCAGAUGCAGAUUUUGAGAGGACAUCUUCUAGAAGCUUGCCAAGUAUGACAUUGCAAGGGGGAAGAUCAAAUUUCAGGGGAACACCCCUUAGAAACGCCCUUCAUUCAUCCCAUCUGCUGAGAAGUUCACCAUGGACUGUGGAAUUUCUGAACAGAAUUAGGGAAAAGAGCAAGAUGCGUCAGCAGAGCCUUCCACCUGAGACAUCCCCUUGUCCCAGCAUCAGAAGGAAUACACCGAAUCGAGCCAAGAGAAGAAGCCCAUCCAUCCUAGAAUUUUUCAAGUACCAAGGAGGCAGCACUGACAGGAAAAUACCUGAACAGAAGAGGCAGAAGACAUCUUCUCAGUCUCUGUGUUCAUUCAAGAAUGAGAAAGCAAUGUCAGUUGCCCAGUCAUGCACACCUGCUGAUAAAAGAGCGAGACGGACGCUUUCUUAUGCAAUGAACGAAAUUGGUAGUCAGACUAGGCUGGUCUGGAGGGAAAGGAACACUCAUAAUCGAGUGUGAAGCUUCUGAAUGGUUGUCCAGAACUACGGGACGAAGUAAACUGAAAACGAGAAAAAAGAAAUCUCAGUUGUUCGCAUCAAGUGUUCAUGUGACUUGGGUUUCAGGUAAGGCUUAGGAUGCAUCUUAGUCUUGUUCAAGUUGGUAGAACCACUUCCACAAGCUAGGUUGAAUUUGCGAAGAAUAGCUUUAUGUUUCCCUUUACUGAUACCCAUGAAUUGUAUACAUCUCCGGCUGAGUUCAUCUGAAAGCCUGAACAACUACAAAUGCUUCUCGGACCCGACAUUAUUAUGGUAUUUAAGGAAUAUCAUGGCGGUUCUGAGGUUCAAUCUAAAUUCAGAAAAUUUAUAAAGCUCGGCAUAACUGCUUGCUUGGGAUGGAUGGAUUCUUUGCAGUAGCAUUUGAGACAAAGAUAACUGGAUCAUGAUGUUCAUAGCAUACGUACACAAUAUUGGGGGAUUGGAGUUUUCAAAUUUUAACUAAGAAUUCUUCAAACAGCAAUUCUUAACUUCAAAUUCAAGAUUUUAUUGAAAUUAUGCUCCAAUAAAAAAUUAAUUAUGAAGCACUGCCCAUCCGCAAUUUUAAAGAAAUUAAUAUUCUCUUUGCUCUAAAAGCACUAUCUCAAACUUUUGCUACCUUCUAUUUCCAAGUUUGCCUUUCUCAUUCCACCAAUGUUUCCUUAAAGACACCAAAGGCAUAACUUCAUCUGCAAGUUCCUUCUUGCAUCCCUUUCUUUUGAUGCCUUAUAAAGGCCUUUGUUUCUCACGUCAAUCAACCCAAUCCUAUUAGUCCUAACACCCAGCUCUAUUUUUAGUUCUCAUCGGGAGAAUAUCCGGUCCAGGGGAUGGUUAAGCUAACUAUUGUUGGGAGGGUAAGAGAUGGAUUGCCUCUUGCACAAGGACAUCGAUACAUGAACGAAGAUAAUGACAAUUUUGCAACAUACAAGAAACGAGGAGAAUUCAUACUUGCAGAAAUAUCAAGGGGAGCCUUGGCAUCUCUGAGAAUGACCAUUCAGCUCGGAAAUAAUCAUUACUUCCAGUACCGCUUUCUCUUUUCCCUAAAUUUCUUUUACUGCUGGAUUAGGUGUUAUGAUCCAUAUGGUGCCUGUCCAGAUCUUUAUGGUCUCAAAAAGAUGCAAUAUACAUCAGAUUAAAUAUAUCAAUCUCCAAUUUUCUUCCUUAAUCAUUUUAUAGUGUGAAUUAUUACAUAAAACGGCUGUGAUACCUGAAAUUUGUCUUCUUGCCGAUUUUAUAGUUAAGACAGUAAAAAAGCCUUUUAUGGAAUAGAUGCCCCCUAAAUUGUUAGAAAUAGCUUGGCAGGGACAUUUAUCUGAUUCAUGUUUGUUAUACCUCUGGUUAUUCAGCUGUUUAGCUGAGGAGGGCACUUGCUUUAUUGUAUUGUGUGAUUCCUCCUAUCCAAGAAAACUAGCUUUCAGUUAUCUACAUGAUUUGCAAGUGGAGUUUCAGAAGUUUGACGAGACAUUCAUAGAGAACAUUAAAAGGCAAUACAGCUUUAUUAAAUUGGGUAACUGUAAUAAUUUUAUGAGCUUUUUUCUUCUUGAUACCGCUUUAUCGUAAAUGUGUUAUUGGUAAUAUUAUCUUUGACAGAAGAGCAUGUCUUAGAAAAUGUUUUUGUAACUCGAUCAGAGCAUCUUCAUUUGAAUAACAGAGCCUGUUAAGGCCUCUUUAGUUUCUAGGCUCAAGUUGAAUCUUCUCAUGGCUGCACCUCAGAUAGUAUAAUAGGGAUAUUGAAGAGGCAGUACAUAGAUACAAGGACACAGGCUAAUCUGUCGAGGCUUAACGCGAGUCGUCAAAAAGACCUCGAUGUAAUUACAGAACACGUCUGAAGUUGCUGAAAGGAGGAGGGAAUCAGAGAGAUUAGAAAGAAUGCUGGCAGCAACAAGAGUUGUUUCAGCAGUUUGGGGCUCCCCGCUUCUUGAGGUAUGGUACCUAUGUUUUCAACAAAAUCAUUUUGCAUUGUACUGUUUGUUAGGGAGAAAGCAUCUCAAUUUGCUAAAGAAUUCGAGAAGUGCAUAGUUCACCUCUGCCAUAUUUAGAACAUAUAAGAUUAGAUUCUUCCAACUUGAUAAAAGGAGCCAUUUGCCAUAGUUACAUGCAUGUUAAGAUUUUCAUUUCUUAAGCAGGUAAUUGCAUUGAAAUGGACACCUAUUACACUUAGCAUUGGUGUUGCUGCUGUUGUUUUCUGGGCGAGCUUAGUUCUCACGGACAGCCUUGUCAUUUGAAGCCCAUGAAACCAAACUGCCCCUGUAAAUAUAUUAGUAAUCUUCUGUGUAAAUGCCUUAAUUGAUUCACAUGAUAGACCGUUUGCGUGGGUGAA